AUGUGUAAAAAGCGACCCCGAGGCUCCCUCGCUGCCCUCCUCGUGCUGUAUAAAAGGAAAAUCCUGGCUGUGUAUUUGUACUCCGAGCUCUCCGUGUGUCUGCGUGGGCAGACGGGGCUGGCGCGGACAAAGCCCCGGAGCGGAGCCCAGCCCAGCGGCGGGGCCGGGGGAUGCGGGGCGGGCGCGGGGGCGGGCGCGGAGCCCCGCGGGGCCCCAGGUGAGCGGGACCGAGCACCGGGACCGCACCGGGACGGGCCGGGCCCCGCUCCGAGCCCCGCCGACCCUCCCGCAGCCAUGUCCCGGCCCGGCAGCCCCCGGCCCGAGCGCCCGGAGCGGCCCCGAACCGAACCGGGACCGCCGCCAGCAGUGUUUGGGUCAGCCGCCGGGCCCCGCCGGGAUUUCGAUCCCAAACUCUGCCUCAGUUUCUGUCCCGGUGCCAAGCCCGGGGAGGGGGAUCUGGACGAGCUCUGCUCCAAACUCAUUCCCAACGCAGCAGCUGCAUUCCCUGGGGCUGAUUUCCCUGCAUUUCCUUCCUUUUCCAGCAGCACUAAAGGUGGUCCUGCCCCCUCCUGCCUUUCUGCUCGGGGGUGUUUGGCACAGGGAUUUCUCCCAUUGGGGGAUAACUCAGCUCCCUGCAGGGUUUUGCUGCCCCACGGAGGGCUCCUGCAGGGGUUGGUGCUGCCCCAGAGUGCAGAGGAUGAGGGAGAGGUGCCUGAGCCCUCCCUCCCUGCCCCGAGGGGUCCCCGGUCCCCUGCCCGCCCCGCGGUGCCAAAGAAGGAGAAAACCCUGGAAGGUGACAAACCCCCGGCAGUGCUGACAAAAAGCCCCCGGGCCGAGCUCUGUGGCGCUCCCGAAGCUGUGACAUGCCAGCCCCAGGUGGGGCCACCCCUGCAGUCCCCUGGUCCUUGCACGCAGCUGCUGCCCAACGGGGACGCGGGGAACGGGAUCUGCCGAGCUGUGCCCAGCACACAGAAACCACCCCGAAAGCUGCAGCCCCACCACUCCAUCAACAGCCAGGGCAGCAAGAAGAGCAAGGGCAGCUCCAAGUCACCCUCCUCCCACAUCCCCAUUGAGGCGCAGGAAGAUUGCUGCGUCCACUGCAUCCUCUCCUGCCUGUUCUGCGAGUUCCUGACCCUGUGCAACAUCGUGCUGGACUGUGCCACGUGCGGCUCCUGCACCUCGGAGGACUCCUGCAUCUGCUGCUGCUGCUGCAACUCGGGCGAGUGCGCGGACUGCGACCUGCCCUGCGACAUGGACUGCGGCAUCAUCGACGCCUGCUGCGAGUCUGCCGACUGCCUGGAGAUCUGCAUGGAGUGCUGCGGGCUCUGUUUUUCCUCCUGA